AUGUUAAAAUAAAUCAAAGAGAAGCCACUUUCAUAACUAAUAGUAGAGUUAUAAUAGAAAUAUUAAGAAGAGAAUGACCAAUCGAAUUUAUUCUAGAAACUUUAUCAAUAAUAAGUGGAAUAAGAAAGUUCUACAGAAUCAUCAAAUAUUGUUCCUGCUCUCUUUUCUGGAUCUACAGGUUCUUCAUCCUCUCAUUCAUAAGAAGGUAUAAUACUUUAUGUAUCAAAGGUGUGGAAAAAAAAAUAAAGAAAGCAAGAAAAAGUUAAAUUCUUUAUAAAACAAAUUAGGAUGAUAAAAAACUUUCUACAGAAACUACAGAUAAAAAAACUUUGUAAAUGAUUCGAAAUAGAAUAUCUGCAUAAAAUUCUAGAGAUAGGAAAAAAGCUUACCUUUAAAAAUUAGAAGAGGAUUUCAAUAAAUAAUCUAAUUGUCUCCAAGAAUUAACUGAAUAAGUUACCUAUUUAUAAUAACAAUUAGAAGAAGUCUAAAAACAUAAUUAACAUUUAUUAUCCUAAUAAUCUAGUCUAAUUUGUUAGAAUUGUGGAUCUAAAUAAUUUGUUCUUGAAGAAGAAGCUCCUAUUUCUGUUUCAAAAAAUAGAAGUUUGGGUAAAUUAGGAUUUUCAUUUAUGGUUAUAUUAACUAUUUUUGCUUUUCUUAGUAUUAAUUUUGAUACUACUACUCAUAAUUUGAAAGCAACUCCAUAAGUCUAAUAAGAUAAACCACUCAUUAGACAAUUAAAUAAUACUGAUCAAUAAUAUGAAAUUUUUGAAUAAGUUAAAAAUGGCAGAAUUAAAGGAAUGACAGAUUUGAUGGAAUAUUAAUCAGAAUAUAAUUAUAAAUUUUACGAUACAACCUAUCGUACUAUUUUAAAUACUAAAGAAAGUUUUGUCAAUGAAAUGAUUAAUUAUAAUAAAGAAAAAGCUAAAUAAAAUAAUGGUCAGGCAUUAGCCCCAUUAAAUUAUCAUAAACCAUAAGUUGAUUCAUUUUAUUGUCCGACCAUUUAUAAAUAUGAUAACCAAACUUAGGAGUAAUUUUAUAGUAUAAUUUAGUAAAAUAUAAGUCAAAUACUAAGAUGAUUAAUGGAUUCAUUUGGUUAUUCCAAAGAAAAAUGUCAAUAUAUUUUAUUAAAAUCAUGAUAAAUCAAUUAUAUUGAAAGAAACUUAUGCAGAUUAAGAUGUUGACAUAAAAGAAAAAUAUCAAGAAAUUUGGUGUUAAGUAAAAAGUAUAAAUGACUUCUAUAUUUGA